AUGUUUAAUUUCGGAAAGCCGUCGUAUGCGCAACUAGGCGUGGAAGCGGCCCGCAAGCCGCAAGGGGAUUCAUGGGCGCGCGCGGAGGGCGAUGUGGACAGCAAUGGCGGCGCGAGCCAGGGCAAGGCGCCGGAGUCGUUUGCGGGGACGAGCUCCAACAUGAGCGCUGAGAGCGGCCGCGUCCAGGUGCCCAUCGGCACGGUGUCCGAAUCGCACAAGAUGCCCGUCGCGCAGGCGCUCGCGCUGCUCGCGUUCACGGCCGUCAAUGUCGCCGCGCUCGUCGCCAUCUUCUGGCUCGCGCUCUCGCUCGAGGGCACGGAACGCAUCCUCGUUAUAGCGCUCCUCGGCGGCGGAUGGCUGGCGCUGCUGCUGUUCAACGUGCGCAUGGCGGGGCGGCCGCGGCGCGUGAUCCAACGGUUCCUGCACGCCAAGAGCAAGACGCGCCUGGGGCGGCGGUUGGGGCGCGGGCAGACCGUGGUGGUGCGCGGCGCGGUGUCGCUGCUGCACGAAGAGUUGCUCUCCACCGAGUUCCACAACGUGCCCGGGCUGGUGCUGGUGGAGAGCAGCCUGCGGUCGUACUACCCGGGGCUGCGCAAGGCGGACGCGUGGACGGAGCACGUGCGGCAGACGCGCGCCGUGGACUUCCGGAUCACGGACGGGCAGACGGGCAUGAGCGCCAUCGUCAAGGCCUUCCACGCCGCAGAGAUCGGCGUGGCCACGCCCCUCGUGCACAUCUCCACCGAGGUACCACUCUCCACCGAGGACUCUCCCCCUUCUGCUGGGGGCGCAGCGGGCGGGGAGGGCGGGAGCGUGGAGGAGGAGAGGAAGAAGCGGCGCAAGGCGCUGUCGCCGCAGCUGAUGGUGUGCAAGGGGUACAUCCGUGCCGGGCAGACCAUCACUGUCAUGGGCGUGCUGACGGAGGAGCCUGGCACGCACGAGCUGCUUAUUCAGCCCAUGCCGCAGCCGCGCAACAUUGCCAAGCUGCUGCUGUUCCGCGGCUUCAUCCCCUUCUUCUUCCCCACCUGGGCCUCGGGUCUCGUCAUCUCGGACCAACGUGACGUGGCGUGA